AUGAAGUGGACCCCAGAAGCAGAUGCAGCUCUGCAGGAGUUGAAGGCCUACCCGUCGUCUGUGCCCACCUUGGGAGAUGUCCCAUCCCUCCUCCUAGCCGCCGCCACUCUCUCCAAAAUCUCCCUCGGGAUCCUCCCAGAUCCUCAUCGUCCAACCCCGCGCCCGGAUCCCGCCACCACCGCCUUGCCUCUGCCCGACUGCCGCUGCAGCUCGUGGACACCACAAGCCAAACUAUCCUCGUCGCCAGAGCCCCUCGAUCCCGAGCUCCUCCGACUCGCAACCUCGCGCCUCGCCGCCGACGACCACAUCCAGAACCCCAUCCCUGGUCGCGUCCUCGACGUGCGCGCCGUCACCCGCUCGUCCCCGAUGGAUCCGCGAAGCCGCCCGUACGGGACCUCGUCAGCCUCCUGCUCCUUCGCCGCCCCGCGUCCCGCGCCAUGGACGCCCGUGCGAGCUUCCAGUGCCGCCUCGUCCUUGCUCCACCACCUGGAUCCGCCAAGUCCAAGCCGCCUCGCCCGAGCUCCGCAGCGCCGUCCCUGCCUCCUCUGUCUUGCGCUCGUCCGAGUCGACGCCGGCAGGCUCCGGCCGUGUCGGCUCGGGUCCCCGCUCCUCCUCCUCUGGCCAUGCGCCCGAGCUCGCCCGUCCUCGCGCGCCUCGACCUCACCUCCACCUCGUCGCGUCGGUGUCUCAGCACGCCGCACUCCUCCGGCAGCAGCUCCUGCCGAUGCCAUUGCCUACCUCCUCGUCCCCGUGCCCACAGCCGCGGAGCAGAAGCCCGAGCCCCGGCGACCCCUCCUGGACCUGUUGUUGCCGCCGCCUCGCCAGCGCCGCUCGCCUCCCCGGUGCGCCUCCGCCCCUUCUCCGGCGCCAAGUCCGGUGCCCCAUGGCCGGAUCCGCCGUCGCCUGCUCGUCGGUAGCCACCGCCGUGCCCGCGACCCCUGCUUCCUGUCGCCAUGGCGCCGCUGCAGUCUUCUGCAGUUAGAUGCAGCAGCGCUGCAUCGAGCGCACGCCCGUGCCGCCGCGUUGACUUCGUCGCCCUUCGCCAGCUACCAGGCCCAGCGCCCCGCCGGCCUGCCUCUUCCACCGAACGGGCCAAGGCCCAUGGUUCCUGCCGUGAACUUGACUUCGACAAAGAACGAGAAGAUUGCACAGCACAGCGACCCCCGGAAGAGGUCGAAGGGGCCGGAGGCGAGCACAGCUGGGAUUCGGCGCCUCCCCAGGAUCAGGACGACGCCGCUCCCCAGCAAGGAGGAAACCGAGGGGCAGGCGCGGAUGGUGACGCCGCCGGAGGACUAG